GCAGGCCCUCUAGAAUGAAACGUUUAAAGUGACGUAUGAGAGGCAGAGGUACGGUGCCUAACUAUGGAUGCCGCGGGAGGACAAUCUUUCCCUCCCUGUUCCGCUUUUCCUCGUAAAAAAAGGAGAGGGGCUGGAGCUAUGGACGGGGUAACUGUAGGGCAGGUAUUUGACGCCGAAUGCAUCCUCAACAAACGCCCAAGAAAGGGGAAGUUUGAGUAUUUGGUGAAGUGGAGAGGGUGGUCGUCCAAGCAUAACAGUUGGGAGCCUGAAGAGAAUAUUCUGGACCCCAGAUUAAUGGCUGCCUUCCACAAGAGAGAGCAAGAGAGGGACCUACUGUUCCGUAAGAGAGGGAAGAGGCCAAGGGGGCGUCCACGGAAAAUUCUGGAACCAGAGCCAACUGAAACCAAAUCCGACCGGUCCUCCUCAUCUUCUUCAUCCGGCCUGUCCUCCUCUCCCUCCGCCUCUUCCUCAGAAGAGGAAGAUGAAGACCAUGGGAAGAAGGCCAAACCGGGUCCUCGGCGCCGCAACCUCAACCUCAACCUCCACCCUGUCCCCCAGACAAGGCCCCAUAUCGUGGUGGCCAAGCAGGAGCCCGUCCGGAAAAAGCGCGGGAGGAAACCGCUGCUCCCCGAGCUGAGGGCUUUGAGACAGGCAAAUACCCGGCCGCCCCUGCCGCCCCCUCCUCUUUCUCGCCACCACCAGGUCCUCAGGCCCCCCCGUGAGCCCCCCAAAGAGGAACCUCGGGGGGGGGUGAAGAAGCCUCUACAGCCGGCCAGUUUCACCUACACCAGCCUGAGCGCCAGCCGGGGCUCCAGAGAUGAGGCAGCAUCCCAGCGGGCUGCUGGAGGGGCCUUCUUCCAGCCAGGGGCCUCCAAACCUGGGCCGCUGAACUCCAUAUGGUCGGGUCGCUCCAUGUCGACCACCACUCCCUCCUCUCCAUCCUCCUUUUCUUCUCUCAGCAGACCUCCCCCGCCUCAGAGUAAGGGAUCGUCAGAUCUGAAGCGCUCCCUCUCUGUCUCUGACGCCGGCAGCAGCAAUGGCAGAGCAGAAGGGCUCAAGGUAGCAUCCUCUGUAAAACCAGGGGUGUCUACAUCCACAUCACUUGGUCUCCACGGCUCCAAGACCUCCAGUGGGUUCGGGGGCUCUCCGGCGGCGUGCAGCCCAGCUCAACGCUCCCCAGCUGGGCAGAGGAGGCAGCAGGAGGGCCCUGGAGGUCAGGCGGUGGUGGUGGUUCAGCAGCAGGGAGCCAAGCCCGCCUCCUCUCUCCCUCCCUCGGCCAGAGACCGCAUCAGUCAGGCCCUCAGCCUCCGAGCUCUUAACCUGCAGAGCGUCAACAAACGGGCGCCCGGCAAUGGUCUCCAGGGAAACGGAACCUCCGACGCCACUGGAGUUGCAGUUUCAAGGUCGAGCCUGAGAAGCGGUGUCAGCCAGGCAGGAAAAAGAGCUGGGGGAAGCAUUAAAGAGAUGCACACCUCGUCUGGGCUAGACCAGAGCGUGGCGUCGGGAGGGUUAGGGGCAGGGGCGCUGCGCUCUGGAAGCAUUCCACAAGCCAGAGAGGAGAGAGGGAAGAACACGGGGGCAGAGACGGCGAGAGAGAUGAACAGAAAGGGGCCAAGGUGUGUAGGGAGAGGUAAUGGAAGAUUGGAGAAAGGGGGGAGUGUACAGGGAGUCGUGUCGUCGGGCGGGGGAGGCGGAGCGAGCACGGCGAGAGAGGAGGACAGGAAGUCAGGACAGAGCCUUAACGAGAUGAACUCCCGGAACUUCGAGAACUCUCGGACCCUUAACAAGCUCAGCACGGGCGACUCAGACGACACCAGCAGCAGUGAAUCAGAAGAGCGCGACUCCUCCCCUUAUCCCAACAACAAUGGGGCCCACCUGGUCUCUAUGGAGAUGGAAAUGGAGACGGACUGGCGGCCGGCGCUUAGCCUUCUAGAACACGUGUUUGUCACGGAUGUCACCGCCAACUUUGUCACAGUAACAGUGAAGGAGUCCCCAACCAGCGUGGGGUUCUUCAACGUCCACAAUCACUAAAGCCUGCCCAUGUAUGUACAGGAUGCCCCUAGACACUGGCCAUUGCCCCUCCUAAUGGUUAAAGGGACAUUACGCUUUCAAAUUAAAGUUUGACAGACAUUUUCAGACCUCUAAAGUAGUCUGAUGUUAAGGUAAAACAACGAUAGCUGGAUCUACACAACCUAUGUCAUGUGACAUAGUUUCAUUAGAGUACAUUAGUGGUCUGAAAACAUCUGACAAACUUUUAUUUAUGAGUGAAAUGUCCCUUUAAGGUAAGAAUCUGGAGGGAGGUUAAGCUCACUGAGCUUAUCCUGGAUCUGUGCCUAAGGGCAACCUAUACCUGGAGGGAUGAGGUACGACAUAACAUUAGGCCUGAUUCCAAACCCAUCCCUGGUCCCUAAGCCCAUUGACUGCCCCCUUGAAGAUUUUCAAGGAUUGGAUAUUAGACAUAAGUCAGGUAGGCUUGGGCCUGGUUCAAUUUCUGCCCUCAACCCCUUUGCCUAGGUCCUUCACUUUUCUGCAUAUUUUUCUCAUACAUAUCCAGUCUUUCAUACAUAUCUAUUUAGAUCUGCGAAGGGGAGUCAACAAGGGAUAGGGGAAAGAGACUGUUUUGGUAUUGGACUCUUGCCAAUUGAGGACUUUUGCGAAGACAUAGCUGUCUGUGAAGCUAUGCCAGCAUUUACAAAGAACUGUCAAAAUAUUGGCCAGUAAAUGGUGACAUAUCCCAUCUUACUUUUAAUUUUUCUCUGUCUGUUUGUCUUUGGACAAAAGGAGUCAUGAAUGUGAAUUGCGUAUUUAAACAAAUCUGUUUUAUUUUUUAUCCUGUCAGUCAGUAUUUAUCUUGCACUACAGUAUGUUAUUUCAAUAUUUUAAGCUAACUAUAUCCGACUCUGAAACAUACCCAAUCCUCUCAAGCAGGCAUUUAAACAUUUUACAGUUAUUUACCAGUGUUACUCCUAUCUACCUACCUACCUGUGGUGAAGACCAUUGGAAUACAAUCACACUCAGUCAUUGACUGUAAGAGCAUCAUAGGAGUGGAGAAGUGUUUUAAUUUAAUUUAUAUUUGCACAUAUGUUACUCUUGAUAUUAAUAUGUAUCUGUAACUCUGGUGCUUAAUAUGGCUUCAGAAACUCGUAGCCUGUGUGCCUCCUGCCAUUUCUAAGGUAUUGGAAUAAACCGUGAGUACUUAUAAAAGUGGGUGCUUAACCAUACCAAAAUGCUCUUGUUGUUAUGGUUAAAUCAAUCAAAUGUGUUUUA